CGUCACCACCCCUGGCCCUUAGCGUCAUGGUUCGUGCCGCGCAUAAAAGGCUCUGCUGUCCUGGGAGCACUUGUCUCGGAGAACGCGAAUCAGCUAGUCUGCUACUCUGUGUGUCCCACCCUUCCCCACGCAGCUUUCAGUCAUGGCCUCCGGAAACGCUCACAUCGGAAAGCCCGCCCCGGACUUCCAGGCUACCGCCGUAGUGGAUGGCGCCUUCAAGGAGGUGAAGCUUUCAGACUACAGAGGCAAAUAUGUGGUCCUCUUUUUCUACCCUUUGGACUUCACUUUUGUGUGCCCCACGGAGAUCAUCGCUUUCAGCGAGCAUGCCGAGGACUUCCGCAAGUUGGGCUGCGAGGUGCUGGGGGUCUCUGUUGACUCGCAGUUCACCCACCUGGCUUGGAUUAACACCCCCCGGAAGGAGGGAGGCUUGGGCCUUCUGAAUAUCCCCCUGCUGUCUGAUGUAACCAGAAGCUUGUCCCAUGAUUAUGGCGUGCUGAAGAAAGAUGAGGGGAUUGCCUACAGGGGCCUCUUUAUCAUCGAUGGCAAAGGUGUCCUUCGCCAGAUCACUGUCAAUGAUUUGCCUGUGGGGCGCUCCGUGGAUGAGGCUCUUCGGCUGGUUCAGGCCUUUCAGUAUACCGAUGAGCAUGGGGAAGUCUGUCCUGCUGGCUGGAAGCCAGGGAGUGACACGAUCAAGCCCAAUGUGGAUGACAGCAAGGAAUACUUCUCCAAACACAACUAGGCUGACAAACAGGCACCAAGCUUGGGUUCUGGGCCCCUACCUGGGUGCCCUGUGCUGGCCGAGGAAAGGCCAGAUCUGCCCCUUCAUGUUCUACAGUCUGUGACCUGAAAGGGCUAGUCCUAGGCCUUUUCAUAUUCCUAGCUGAGUGGUGAAUGGUGACCCAUCCCUGGAGCUGCCCAACCAGGCACAGGCCUAGAGGUGACCAAUAAAGUAUUAGGGACAGA